UUCAAUGCAAUAGAAAAGCAACAAAAUUGAGAUAAGGCAAAACAACAAGUAAAAUGCAAAGGUGAAAACGAAGGCAAACGAACGACACUCUCAGUUGCUGCUACCCCCAUUGACGUUUUCACCCUCAACUCCUUCUUCUCUCUGUUUUACUUCCUUUUUGCAGUUUGCUGUGUCGCAAAACUGAACCAGACAUCAUCGUCCUCUCUCACACACACAAUACAUGGAGGAGAAAGUAGAGGGGAAGGUGGAAGAGAUGAUGAUGAUGAUGGAAGGAGUAGCAUCAAUAGCAUUGUUGCCAUGUGGCUCUAUCUCAGGACACUUCAUUCAACUUCCACAUUAUAUUUGCUAUGGCCUUUGUGGCACUGAAUUGGCAUGUGAAAGGGAAUGCAGUAGGGGUGAGGAUUAUCGCCUCAUCAAACUCACAAUAACAGAUUUCAAUGCAAAGAAAGAACAAGCCACUGUUGUGGAGUGCAAAGGCCAUGAUGCUGCUUGGUUCCACAGCAUUGAUCAUGCUCAUGGUUGGGACAAGGAUAUCACCGGUAUGAUUGAACCAAAGGAUGGGAAGAAAAGAAUCUCAGUUUCAUUUGAGUGUGAGACACUUAAAGCUGAGAAAGCAGCUGAAGACCAUAUCAGGAAGUUCAUGCCAAAAUUAGCCGGACUGGAUGCUGUUGUUAACAUAGGAAAGAUGACAAUUUCUGGGUUGGAUUUCGGAGAAGAGGACUGAGUAGAAAUUUUAAUAUUUUGUAAGUAAUUAAUGUCCAUUAAGCUACUGAAAGUGAAAGGAAGAGUGAAAUGCAUGUUUUUAGCAAAUCCUGCAGAAAAUUGUGGAAAGCCUUUCAACAAAAUUUCAUCCUUAAUAGAGACCACAUUUGUUCUA